GACUUUUCGACCCUUCUGACAUUCUUGCGUUUUUGAAUGCCCAUCUUCUUCGUAUUCCGCCGUGUCCUCCAGAUGAUGCCGACCUGGCAGAGUUAAAGCAGGAGCUGGAAGCUGUUGGGGACUUCCGCCAUCGUUCUCCAAGCAGGUCUCUGUCUGUUCCUAACAGGCCUCGGCCACCUCACCCACCGCAGAGACCCCCCCCUCCAACUGGUUUAAUGGUGAAAAAAUCUGCUUCUGAUGCAUCGAUUUCCUGUGGCACUCAUGGGCAAUAUUCCAUCUUGCAGACAGCUAAGCUUCUUCCAGGAGCACCUCAGCAGCCACCUAAAGCCAGGACUGGUAUAAGUAAACCAUAUAAUGUCAAACAAAUCAAAACUACCAAUGCUCAGGAAGCUGAAGAAGCCAUUCGGUGCCUCAUGGAAGCAAAAGGAGGGACUCAAGAGGAGGCACUGAAUGCCGUUUUCUUAAGAAACCAAGUAUCCACCAAACCAGAACCCUUAUCCAAUGUGUCCAAGCCAGGUUCUUCGCAGCCGUCUCAGCUUCUCCCCCAUCGACCUGCACCCAGAGUUCCUGUGAUUAAGAAGCCAACCUUGCGAAGGACAGGAAAAGUAAGAGGCUGGCAAGAGAAAUUUGUUCCUCCUUCCCUUAAAUCGUCGGGAGGGCAGAGAGUAGGGGGAGGCGGGAUCUUUCGUUAGGGGCAUAUUUUGUCACCACCAACCAGUUGAAUUUCAGGCUUUCUUCAUUAUCCAGUUCAGGAAUCUUAAGACAUAAAUAGAUCUCCUAGAAAAAGAGGGGAGGCUCUUUCCUUUUCCAUUUGUGCUAUAGAUGAAGGGGGGAAAAAACCCAAAAAAGUGUACUCUCAACAAUCCAAAAGCUGUGAUAAAAUGAGUUUCUCAAGGGUCCUGAAGAGCCUCAAACCCCAGGAAAUAGUGGACAGGUCCUAAGUAUUCCCGAGUUCCUUUAUUUCUUCUUAGCAUGACCAUAACCACAUUUUUAUAGGCACGGAUUUUAUUUCUCAAUUGCAAAAUGAUUUGUCAUGGGUUGAAAUGUUCCCGGGUAGGCUGUGUUUGAGCCACCCCACGCGGUGGCCUGGGGAUGUGGGUCAGACAGCUCUUAUUGCUGCUUCUCUUGCAGAUUGUCUUUUGCUCUCACUCUCGAGCUUCUCCACCUUGCUUGCUGCUUCAAAGAAAUGAAUUUGUAAGGACAGUAGCAGCACACAGGCUCGCACCCAUAGAGACAUCUGGAUCCCCCGUUUGAUCUGAGGAUGUGCUAGUUAACCGGACAUUUGGUAAACACCGGCCUAGCCAUCACUGGAAUCCAUCCGUGUCCCUCUGCCCCCUCUUCAUCUUUGUAGACAGUAGUUGUGAUUUUGGUGCUUACAUACUUUGAGCUUGCUCGUUCCUCUCUAGGUCACUAGUUCAGCUAUGAUUUUUGCUCAUCAUCUGUCUUUUCAUCCUCCUUUCUUUAUCAUCUUCUUCCAAAGCUGUCUCCAUUUUCUACUCUAAAAAAAAAAAAAAGCCAGCAGCGAUGCGUCCACCUAUCCAGGCUGCCACAGGGGAGCUGCAAUAAAAGACUCAGAAAAGUUACAGGUUGUGGGUUUUUUUUUUUCCUCUCCUAAGGAAAUGCCAACACGAUAGUGUGAGAGAGAACAUAGGCACUCACGGUGGAAAGAAUGACUUCUCGCACUAAUGGCC